CCAUGACAACAGCAACAACGGCGGAGCGACGCUAUGCUGUUCCGCCGAGACUCGUUUCGGGUACCGCCACACUAAAAGUCAGUCUCCGUCUCGCAAUGGACACGUUUCGCACAUGUUUCUCCAUGCUGAUUUGGAUACACGGAUUCAUCCACGGUAUAGAGUCCAGAAGACCUUGGUUUCCAGAACCGGUGCCAAACGUCACAGUGAUAGCAGGAAAAGACGCUUUACUCACUUGCGUUGUUCAGGAUCUUCACAAUUUCAAGGUGGCUUGGGUUCGAGUUAAUACUCAGACAAUUCUUUCUAUACAUCACAGAAUGGUGACUGAAAACUCGAGAAUAACGUUGUCAUACAACGAUCACCGUACAUGGUUUUUACACAUACGCAGUGUCCAAGAAACGGAUAGAGGCUGGUACAUGUGUCAAAUCAAUACAGAACCAAUGACUAGUCAAAAAGGAUACCUUCAAGUAGUCGUACCGCCGAAAAUAAUCGAAGAAGAAUCUAGCGGCGAUCUAGUCGUCAAAGAAGGGUCGGAUUUACUUUUACAAUGCAAAGCUAAGGGAUAUCCCGAACCCUACAUAAUGUGGAGGAGAGAAGACGGUCAAAAUAUAAACUACAACGGUAUCACAGUUAACGUGAUUGACGGCGAACAACUGAUGAUCAGAAAAAUCAGUAGACUACACAUGGGAGCCUAUUUAUGUGUAGCAUCUAAUGGCGUGUCACCAGUCAGAAGCAAACGCAUCAACGUCACUGUGCAUUUCCCCCCGAUGUUGAUGAUCUCCAAUCAGCUGGAAGGAACACGAAAAGGAUUUUACGCUAAAUUAGAAUGUCACACAGAGGCCAAUCCUCCGUCUAUUAAUUAUUGGACAAACGAACGGGGAGACAUGAUUGUUUCCGGUAAUUAUAGAUUCACCGACGAAAAAAUUAGAACGGGUUAUGUAUGCAAAAUGAUUUUACAUAUAUCCAACGUCAGUCACGAAGAUUUCAGUAGUUAUAGAUGUGUGGCGGUGAAUGCUCUGGGAGAAACUGAUGGAGUUAUCAAACUUUAUGAAAUUGCAAAAAUUUUGACGUCCAAUGAAGUAUACUUCGACGAUGAUAAUUAUAAAUAUGAUUUGAAAUCUACUGGACCUACAGAUACGACUGAUGAACCGAUCAAUGCUGUCAACGACAAAACAACUAGCGACCUCUCCUCCGGUUACGUACUCAGUCAUAACAUUUUUCUUUUUCCUGCGUUACUUGUUCUUUCAGCAUUGUGGAUAAAUUAAAUUUAAUUUGAUAAUGUUUUUGUAUACAAUAUACCAUCCCCCUUUCCGGGGAUGGACUGACGUCUGACGACCCGUCCCAGUUAGCGAAUCAUCCCAUGAUGGCAGCGAUAAGCCUUCAUGAGCUGUUUAGCUAUUUUAAUUUAUUUAAUUAUUAUUUGAUUAUAUAGAAAUAUUAAAUAUAAUGAACAAUAAUUGUACUUUUUUAAAUAUGUAAUACAAGAACUAAUUGUAAAGAAUAUCGACUAAUACUAUGAU